GUACAAGGAGGCCAAAAAAAUACUAACAAAGUGAAUUAAAGUAGCAAAAAACAAACACUCGAGGAAACUAUGCGAAGAAAUUAAUAACGAUAUAUGGGAACAGAGAUACAAAAUAGUGGCAAAAAGGCUUAUAUAGGCACACCAUUCAAAAUGACAAACGAAAGAAGAAGGUAUUCAAAAAUAGGUAAGGUUCGUUUCACCAGGGUUCAUACUUGACCUUGAAACUUGAAAAAAAGGGUUGUCGUAGAUUAAUUCAUAUGACACAUUCAAUUUUUUUGACAAAUUAAAAUGAAUGACUUCUGGUUUAAGAACCGACGACCGUUUUUGACGCCAUUGAUUUGUUUCAGUCAAUUUUUAUUUGUUAAACAAGGAAGGAAAAUGCUGGUGGCAAGUACAAACCCUGGCGAAACAAACUUUAUAGAUGAAAAUAACCGCAUUCAUAAUCUGUAGAAUACUUAUAGCUACAUUCAAAAAGCUAAGUUAUACAUAUAAAUAAUCAAAUCAGAAAGGCUAUUGUUUUGUGGACUGGCAACCUUUUACCUUCAUCUAUUAUGUGAGAAAAUAUCAUUUAAUUAAUUUGUUUCAUUGAGAAAUAUCACUGACCUAGACUAGAGUAGAGAUUCUAAUUGAAUUGACAUGUCCAUGGCUAUUCCACCGAAAACAAAAUAUUUGCUUAUCAUGGGUCAAUUUUUUGGGAUUUCCUAAAAAAUAUUAUUUUUUCUUAUUUCAUAUGCCACACAACAGCGGCCGAUGGGAUGGCCAAGUAUAAAUUCUACCAAAAAUAUUAAAAUAUUGUUAAAAGCUUUGUGUCAAUCAGCUUAGUGAGACCUAUUUUAAAAAUGUUUCUGAGAGCUAUUUUUAUAAUCACGAUUUCCACCUUACUGGUAGUCACAUCAUGGGUUGCUGCAGCUCCAUCUCCACAAUUCUUUUUUGGAUCGCCAAGUAGAUGGGGUGGAUAUGGACAUUAUGGACCUCCACCACCCCCUCCUCCUCCAGGCCCACCUCACUUCUUUGGACCUCCUCCACCACCACCACCACCACCAUACUGGGGUUGAUUAUAAUUUACUUAUUAAAUCUAAAUUAUUAUUCACAAACUAGAAGUCAUUU